AUGAAGAUCACCGUUCACGUGCGAGAGAAGAUCAUACCGCUGCAGUGCGGCGAUGGCACGCAGCAGGUGGUGUGGCUUGGUAACGCAGCCAUGAUACACUACGAUGCGUCCUUUGGCAAGCGCUUCGGCCCUCCGGUGUCGAUCCGCAAAGAGGGCGGCGUGCAGUGCGACUUUGAGGCCCGCGUGUGCGACGUGCUGGAUGAUGGCCAGCACGUCUUUGUGACCCUCGAGUGCGACAGAGGGCAGUAA